CAAAAGUGAUCCAUCAUUUGAGGUAAAAAAUUUCCUUCCGAAAAAGAAAUUCUUACAAUGUUCGGAUUCCACAUACGAACUCGUUCCUUGGAUUCUACAAUUCUGGCGGGUUCACCGAAACCAACAGUGGGGACUCCGAGAUCCAGCAAUGGAGGCUCUCCAAGAACUGAGGUGGGAGAGGUGGACACCAGCGCUCCAUUUCAAUCUGUCAAGGCCGCGGUUAGCUUAUUCGGAGAUCCUGCAACCUCGCCUAGGUCCAACAACGACGACAACAACAAGAAGCAGCCCCUUCUCUCUAGAAAGCCAAAAAAUUCCUCUGCUGCUGAUGAGAGAGUGCUCGAGAAAGAAUCCGCCCUUCACUUGGCCCUCAAGCAACUGGAGGACUUCAGGGCACGACUCAAAUGCACAGAAACCACAAAAGCUCAAGCUUUCCGGGAACUCGAGAAAGCCAACAGAACGCUACAGGAACUGACAAACAAGCUCGAAAUCAUUAGUGAAUCCAAGCAAACGGCCAUCGAGGAAACAGAAGCUGCAAAGCAAAGAGCCAGGGAGCUCGAGGAACACAAAUCCAGCAGACAACACCUUGGCAUCGAUGCUUGGAAACAGGACGUCGACAGCGAAAGAGAACUAUACAAGGCCUCCGCUGCUGAGCUCAUCUCUGCUAAACAAGAGCUUACAACCCUCCGACAGGAUUUUGAUCGAGUCCUCGAAGCAAAACUGGCUGCAUUUCAAGAGGCUGCGGACGCCCAGCACGUCACCCAAGUUUACCGAGACAGGCUAACUCGAAUUUCCAGUGAAAUCACCACCUUGCGCGAUACACUGGGAGAGGUCAAGUUAGCCACGCUCCAGGCGCAAGAAGAAGGAAAUAAGCAUCACGAAGAAAGGCAGGCUCGCUUCCAAUCUCGCCAAACAGCCAACGAACAAGUAGAGCUGAAAAUCAAAUCCUUGAAAGAGGAAUUUGAUGCUAGCGAAAUUCUCGAGGAAAAGCUCGAAGAAACAACGGAGGCAAUCAAGCUUUUGCAAGAACAGCUGCAAAAUGUUAGAGAAUCAGAUAUGUCCUCUCUGAAAAUCGCCACAGCAGAGCUUGAUGAUGCUACAAGAAGACUGCGAGAAAUUGUGCAGGAACAAAACUUACAGAGAAGCUCAGUAGAUUUCCUUAAGGAGGAGCUUGAUAAUGUCAAGAGGGACCAUUCUGAAUUGAAGGACAAGGCAUCGAAAGCAGAAUUAACAGCUGAAACUUUGCAAAGUGAAUUGGAGAGAUAUAAAGCACAGCUCGACGCAGCUCUUGCAGGAGAUCCCCAAGGAGAGUACGAUGAUAUGCGCUUAAAACUCCAACAGCUGGUGUCGGAGGCUGAAAAUGCUAGGCAGGGAGCAGAAGAGAUCAGGAAGGACAUCUCAUUACUUAAGCAAGAUGCUGAAACAGCACGUAUUGCAGCCAAGGAAGCAGAGGAAAGGCUACAAGUAGCACUGAGUGAGGUUGAAGCAGCAAAGGAAGCAGAAAGGCACGCAGGCGAAAUCAUUCAUAGUUCAUCCAAAACUGAUGCUGUCCAAGGCUCAACUUCAGAUUUGCAUGGCAAGAUCAAGUUAUCUGUUGAGGAAUUCGAGUCUUUGAGCAAGAAAGCUGAGGAAUCAAAAUCAGAUGCUGACCUAAAAGUAGCAACCGUCAUGGCUCAGAUUGAAUCAAUUGAAGCAAGUCAAAAUGAAAUGCUCAAAAAGGUGGAGUCCUCUAUGAAAGAAAAAGAGGCAAUAGAGGCUGCCAUUGAGGAUGCUUUAAAACAGGCAGAGAUGGCUGAAGCAGCAAAGCAGGUGGUAGAGGGUGAACUCAUGAGGUGGCGUCAGAAAGAACAAGACGAUGUGGCCUGA